AUGGCCCUUGAAGCCGUCUCGUCUUCGCUGCCUGUUCUCGCUCUCCUAAACGAUAUCGUCUUCCCAGCGAGUCAAGUAACUAUUUCCGUGCCCCGAAGCUUUGCAUCCUACCUCUCGAGGAUUGUCAAGAACGAAGACGGUCAACCGCCCUUGGUCGCAGCGUCUCCAGCGCUCAACUCGGGCCCUAAUCUUCAGUAUCAAGACGUUCAACUCUCAGAAUGGGCAUGUGCUGCUAGAAUUGUUCGUUUCGUGAGACCUACCCCUCUCUCGCCCAACAGUUGUAUCGUCACUCUCGCUGGUGUAGCACGUGUUCAGCUAGAGAAGCCACUUCCAUCCCCGUCGAGGUUGCACACACUCCCGCUGCACGUAGUCCAUUACCCGGCACCUUCUACCGGCAAAAGUAUCUCCGAACCGGCAGCGGAAACUUUCAGAAGUGCUGCGAGUCGCCUUGUUGAUCAGCUAGAUGCAGAGUCCAGGGCCAGACGCGGGAGAGCUGGGACGGUUGAGUGGAAACGCCUAAAGGCAAUAAUUGAGGAUUCGGAAGCAGAAAAGACGCCUUGGGUCGCAGAUAUUCUGAUGGCGGUCAUCACAACUAUACCAUGGCAAGACCGCAUUCAAAUGCUCUCCACUCUGUCACCGUCCGACAGACUUAAGCUCGCAACAUCCCUACUGUCGAAGCAAGCCUCUAUCGCAGAGGUCUCUCACAAGAUCAGUUCGGCCGUUGAUGAGAACCUCACGAAGCAGCAAAAGGAGUAUUAUCUGCGUCAGCAGCUCCAAGCUAUACAGAGGGAACUCGCGGAACUGAACCGACCUGGAGCAAAGUCGAAAACCGGCGCUGUUGGCUCUUCAAAAUCGGAGAACGACUCGACGUCCGCAGAGUUUGAUGAAGAAGGAGAUGAAACUGAAUAUUUUGCCGACUUGCGGUCCAAGAUUGAAAAGAUGGCUGUUGGCAGUGAGGAACGCAAGAUGGGAGUUAAGGAAUACCGGAGACUCAAGCGGAUCCCAGCUGGUUCCGUAGAACAAGGAGUGAUCAGGACAUACCUCGAAUGGUUGACGUCUUUACCGUGGCCAGAGUCGGAGAAUGACAAGGAGACUCAGUCUCUCGCUGUUCUUCAAGACCCAAAAUUCCUUGCCAAGGCUCGUGAACAACUCGACUCUGAUCAUUUUGGAUUGGAUACCAUCAAACGACGCUUGAUCGAGUAUCUGGCCGUCCUCAGGUUGAAAGCCUUGAAGCAAGCAGAAGAAGCCAACAGAGCGUCCGAGUCAACCAUAGUGGCGUCUGGCGAGGCGCCUCGGACCAGUGCGACCGACCCACAACCUAAAGAGACUGUUGUGAAGAAGCAUCCGGUGAUCAGAACCAAGGGCCCAAUCCUUUUGUUAGUCGGUCCACCUGGUUCAGGCAAAACCUCUGUCGCAUCUUCGCUUGCGAAGGCCCUGAAUCGACCGUUUCAUCGCAUCUCGCUUGGAGGGGUACGCGAUGAAGCGGAGAUACGUGGCCAUAGACGAACAUACGUCGCUAGUGGGCCGGGCACUAUCGUGACGGCAAUGUCAAAAGUCCAGCGACCCGAUCCAGUCAUACUCUUAGAUGAGAUUGAUAAAGUUGGCCAUGCUUCUCACCAGGGGGACCCUGCGUCUGCUUUGCUAGAGGUUCUUGAUCCGGAGCAGAAUGUUUCGUUCAAGGAUCAUUACAUUAAUGUUCCGCUGGACCUGAGCCAAGUCAUCUUCAUUGCGACGGCUAACAGCUUGGAGAGUAUCAGCGAGCCACUGCUGGAUCGUUGUGAGGUCAUUCGUCUCUCUGGGUAUACAUAUGACGAGAAGAUUCAAAUCGCUCGCAAGUUUUUGCUCCCAAAGCAAUUGGAAGCGAACGGUCUCAGUGCCGAUCGUCUUACCAUUACGGAGAAGGCUUAUGAGCAUAUUGCGUCGUACUACACUCGUGAAGCAGGUGUCCGCUCCUUAGAGCGAGCCAUUGGCAGCAUUGCUCGCUGGAAGGCGGUAGAAUGGUCCAACUUCUCCCAACAGAAUAGGGCUAAAGGAGAACGGGACUAUAACCCUGUUGUGGAUGUUGAUGAUCUCGAACCUAUUCUAGGCGUUCCACGGUGGGAUCCGCAAGAGCGGGAAAGAGAGGAAAGGAAGGGUCUUGUCUAUGGCCUCGUUGUUAGUGGGCAAGGAGAGGGAGCUGUGCUUCCUGUCGAAACCAUCAUGACCAGUGGGAGUGGUAAACUACGGCUGACAGGGUCGCUCGGAGAGGUCAUUCGCGAGAGCGGAGAGAUUGCACUUAGCUGGGUAAAAGCACAUGCAUAUACUCUAGGCAUCACCAACAGUGAAACCCAAGAUCUCAUGAAAGAGCCCCACCCGAUUGACAUUCACCUCCACUUGCCCAGCGGUGCUGUCAAGAAGGACGGGCCUUCUGCUGGCGUGGCACUUGUCUGUGCCUUUGUCUCCCUGCUUACGGGCCUCACAGUCUCAAAAUAUAUUGCUAUGACGGGUGAGACCACGCUCCGCGGUCGGGUCACAGCGGUCGGAGGUAUCAAGGAGAAGGUUCUCGGUGCGCACCGCGAGGGGAUCUGCAAGGUGAUCCUGCCCCGCUCAAAUCGAAAGGACGUCGAGCACGAUGUGCCUGCGGAAAUCAUGAGCAAGAUGGAGUUUGUCUACGUCUCACGAGUCGAAGAAGCGUUGGAGGCUGCGUUUGGGCCUGGCGUGCUCAAUUCCGGCCACCGGCUUGCCGGACAAGUGGAAAGUAGACUGUGA